CAUUUUUUUGGACAAAAUGUGAACAGUAAUGUACUAUGUAGGAAUACCUACCUUCUCUAUAAAUUCAAUCACUAAACUCUUCCUCCUCCUCUACCGACACCCCCGCCCCCUCAAUCUCUCUCUCUCUCUGUGAUGGCUUUAAUUCUUCUCACCUAAUCCUCAUUUCAUCAUUUAUUUCUGUGUCUACCUUUUUUAGAACUUCUGCAACUUUUUUUUCUCCUUUGAUAUAUUAAUAUAAGAACUGUGACAGAAUUAACAGCAUGGUACAAUCAAAGAAGUUCAAAGGUGUCAGACAACGCCAGUGGGGCUCUUGGGUUUCUGAAAUUCGCCACCCUCUGCUGAAGAAAAGGAUAUGGCUAGGAACAUUUGAGACAGCAGAGGAAGCGGCGAGAGCGUAUGAUGAAGCAGCUAUCUUGAUGAAUGGUCAAGUAGCAAAAACAAAUUUCCCAAUUGUGAAGGAGAGUAGUGCUAACAAUAAUGACAAGAAAUUCCCCUUAUCUUCUUCAUCAACACUAUCUAGUAGUGUGCUCAAUGCAAAGCUGAGGAAAUGUUGUAAGGAUCCAGCACCUUCCAUUACCUGUCUGAGGCUCGAUAACGAUAACUGUCAUAUUGGAGUGUGGCAAAAAAGAUCAGGGAAACAUUCAGGUUCUAAUUGGAUAACAAAAAUUGAGCUUAGGAAAAAGGAGGAGGAGGAGGAGCAUCAUGAUGAUCAUCAGAGUAUGAAUUCUGAACUUGGGAUUAGUAAGCCAUUGGAUGAAGAAAACAGAGCUGCUAUGCAAAUGGUUGAAGAACUACUCAAUUGGAAUUAUCCCUUUUCUCCUGAACCUAUUACUGAUAUCUCUCCCUCUUUUUCUAACUCUAUAUGACAGCAAAAAUGUGGAAUGUAUUGCAUAGUUAAUUAGACCAUCUACACAAUCUUCCCCCAUGCACCCCUUUAAUUUCUCCAAUGAAUAAUUCAAGUGCCAAACCAAUCCUUAUGUGAUUGGAUAUGUAACUCAAGUUUCUAAUCAGAUAUAUAUAUAUAUAUAUAUAUAUAUGUAUAUAAAGAUCAGUAAU